GCUAUAAAAAGGGAUGUGGCUGGGAUGGUCGUCAAAGCGGAAAAGUCUGGAGUUAGAGCAAAAGUUGCACAAUGGAGUUUUGCACAUUAGCGCUGUUUACACUGUUCUCCUCGUUUUACAACGUUUUAGCGUUGUCACCAAAAGCUGUGAAGUGUCUCCUUCAAGUGGACGAGGGACCUUGCAGAGCGGACAUUGAGCGUUACCACUACAACACUAUCACCCAAAAGUGCGAGAUUUUCUACUAUGGAGGGUGCCAAGGGAAUGCCAAUAAUUUCAGGAGCUAUCAGGAGUGCCAGAAAUCAUGUUUCAGAAUCCCAAAGGUUCCCCAAAUCUGCAGGUUCCCUAAAGAGGAGGGACCAUGCCGGGCCCUCUUUAGCCGCUACUUUUUCAACAUGACCACCAUGCAGUGUGAGCCCUUUUAUUACGGUGGAUGCCAGGGCAAUUCCAAUCGCUUCCGAGACCUCACAUCCUGCAAGGAGUAUUGCAGUCCAAAAAAAAGUGUCCCUGUGCUCUGCCUGGACCCUCUGGACAAAGGCAACUGCUCUGCUUCAAUUCCUCGGUUUUAUUACAACACCGCCACCAAGAUGUGUGAUGAGUUCAUCUACACAGGCUGCGGAGGGAGCAGCAACAACUUCGUCACGAGGCAGAGCUGCAUGGACGUGUGUGCUAGAAGAGGCAAGAAACUCACAAGCCAAGUCAAAGGUCGCCGCAAGAGACGGAACAGAAAUAAUCGCAUCACCUUCUUGCAGGCGUAGAUAUCUGACGCUCGAGGACUCUGACUCGGACAAGCCCUUAAAGGAAACUAACAUUUAUUAAACUGACUUUUUUUAACCAGCUCUUCUUUGUUGUGACUAGAAGAGUUGUACACAUUUCCACUGUAUUUGUAUGUAAUAUGAGCAAUUUCAAAUGUGAUUUAUAUGAAGGUUGUUACAUGCACUAAUGUUCCUGAUGGUGUUUUUUGAUACUGUAUGUUAUGUAUGUUUUGUAAUGUAAUACAUUAUGACGAUGAACAUUUACUGUUUUAUAAGCACAUUUUUUUAUAAAGAUAUACAGAUUUUUAUGAA